AUGGACAUCACUUCCUGUUUCUGUGUCGGAGCUGCAGCCGUGUUCUUCUUCACUGUGCUGUGGAGGCUUAAAGAGGGCUAUGGAACCUGGUCCUGGACCGGCUGGGUCCUGGUCUGGGCUCUGGUCUUGGUCCUGGUCCUGGUCUGGGUCCUGUUCGGGUCCUCUCUGUACCUCUCUGGUCCUCCGGUGGUCUGUGGACUGGUCGUCCUCGGCUGCAGCUUGGUCCUGAUCUGUGAGACGGAGAAGAGAGUCGAGCUGCAGAGCAGAGCGGUGCUGAUCACAGGUUGUGAUUCAGGGUUCGGUCUGGCUCUGGCGGUGCGGCUCAGCGAUGCCGGACUGAAGGUGUUUGCUGGUGUGUUGGACCAGAACGGAGCUGGAGCUCAGCAGCUCAGAGGACGAGGAUCUGAAAACCUGCAGGUGCUGCAGCUCGACGUCACCGACAGCAACCAGAUAGAGACGGCUCACAGGUGCAUCAGCACUCAGGUGGCUGACUCAGGUCUGUGGGGUUUGGUGAAUAACGCCGGAGUCCUUCAUUGUCCCGCCGACGCAGAGCUCCAUCCAAUCACAGCGUUCAGACUCUGCAUGGACGUGAACUUCCUGUCAGCGGUGAAGAUGAGUCAGGUGUUCCUCCCUCUGCUGAGGAGGUCCAGAGGACGCAUCGUCAACGUGUCCAGCAUGGCAGGUGAGGUGCCGAUGCCGCGGUUAGCUGCUUACGGAGCCUCGAAGGCGGCGCUGAGUGUUUUCUCUCAGGUGAUGAGGAUGGAGUUGUCGGUGUGGGGCGUCAAAGUGUCUUUGAUUCAGCCGGCAGGCUUCAGAACAAAGAUCUUCGGGGACAGUGAGGACGUGGAUCGCUACAGCGACCAGAUCCUCGCGGCGGUCUCCUCUGAAGCCAGAGAGGAUUAUGGGUAUUCGUACAUCUGCUCUCUCCCCGGCUGUCUGUCCAGGAUGUCCCUUCAGUCCUCUGAGGAUCUGUCUCCGGUGGUGGACGACAUGUGUCACGCUCUGCUGUCGGUCCGGCCCAAACCCGUGUACACCCCCGGGACGACGGGGUGGCUGCUCCCGUUCUUCCACCGCUACGUUCCCACCGCCGCGUUCGAUGCCGUCAUCACUGCCGUCACUAAAUACAGCGACUGCAGGCCGGCAGGACUCACCAGGAGCUGA